AUGGGGACUAGCAAAUCUAUAGCUGGUGGUGAGACAGCACCUCCUGCUAGAGCCGUGUGGUACAGAAAACUUAAAAUGCAGUAUCCAUCCGGCCUGCAAACACUGUGUGAGUGUAGGACAUGCUUGCGUCUGCAAAGUCUAAACCAAAAAGCCAGUCAACAUGUUGAUCAAAUCUGUAAUACCGUUGACAAGAACAAAGAUGGAUGUAUUGCUGCUGUAAAUCUAGUACGAGGAAAAAUGAAGCAAAACUUAAAAUGGUAUUUUAAGCUGUAUGAUGCAGAUGGAAAUGGUUCUAUUGACAAAAGGGAACUACUGAACAUCUUCGUGGUAAGUGAAGUACUAAAUUUCUUUGCAGCCCUCAAUGGCCAUCAAACUCUGAAUCCUGAAGGAUUUACCAACUUGGUGUUCCAUAAGAUCAAUACAAACGAUGACGGAGAAUUGACUUUAGAAGAAUUUAUCAAUGGCAUGGAAAAAGAAUAGCAUCUUCUGGAGGUUGUUUCCAAGAGUUUCGACCUUUCUAAUGUACUGAAAGUAAUCUGUGAUGGGAAACAGCCAGACAGACAUAGGAGAGAGGCUUCUUCCAAACCAUCUGACGAGGCUUGUCUAGGGAAGGUGAAAAUGAAGUGGCUAUGGGAACGCCUUAGCCAGCUUUCAGUGGAUACAAAACUUUCAGUAGAGAAGAAAUGUGAUUUUCUGUACAUACAUGCCAUUGAUUUCAGGUUUUUAUUAUCAUUGGUAUCCGCUUAUGAAUAA